CUCCGUCCUCCGUUCCAAGUACCGACCCAUCAAAUAUUCCAAAUACCUUUCAUCGUCGUCCGGUCAUCUGGCGGGUCACAAAUCCUGCAAACUUUCAAUCAAGUACGUUUUGUCGACUCACCUUCUUGUUCUUUUAAGUGUAGAGCUUAUGCAGGUACGCAAAACAUUUCGACAUGACGUUUCGAAAUACGGACGGGACCUUGUGGACUGAUGAUCGGCGGUUCUAUCUCGAUGCUCGUACCAAUUCAUGGGUUCCUUGCAUGCAGCCCAGCACUGCUAGCACCGCCAGCACCGCCAGCACUUCAAGUGCGACCAAUACGGCCGGCGACAGCGCACCGAACCACAACUAUUACAAUCUCCCCGCCUCGUGGCCGCCCUCCGCUACGGGCGCGCAAGACCCCUGGAUAACCCAGCAGCCGGCGCAACCAGUAAAUGUAUUAAACCGGCCGACGCCGGGCGUGCCUGUUCCAUCUCCAGCCAAUAUCUAUAUACUCCUUGAAGUUAGAGAGGCCGCUUCAAGGUCCCCGUUCUUGGCGGCCUUUGUGGAAGCCGCGGACAGGACGUCGCGUGGUGGGCUGUAAUGGGGUCGGCCACAUCGCGGUGGGUCAACUGUCGAGGUCUUACCAUUGGGAGGGACGGCACAAGGGCAAAGGGCAAAGGGAAAAGGUGGUGGUGCGGAUCGAACCUGAAUGUCUUCUGCGUCUUGACUUUUAUACCAAGCUGUGUAUACUAUCACAGCUACUCUGUUUCUUGUUUUCUUUGGCUCUCCAAUGGCGUCAUAUUCAUGUUGUAAUCCUCUGAGCUUAGGCAUAGCAUAGUCACGUGUUAAUCGAAUCUGUAACACUCGGGC